UGGAGGGGGCGCGGGGCCUGGCGGCCGGUAGCGCCUGCUCUGGGCUGGGCCCGGCGAUGGCGGCCCCUGGGGGCCACCGCGGCGCCAGCUGCUGACGCCUCUCACCGGAGUGGAGCGGCCGCAGCUCGGCAGCUGUCAUGGAUGAGCCAGGAGAAGAUGACAUAUAUAUUUUGAAACAUGAAAAAGCAGACAGUGCUCAUAGAAGAGAUGCAGAUAUUCCUAUUUCAGUGUAUACGGGAGAUGAGUCUGUUGCUUCGCAUUUUGCCCUUGUUACUGCUUAUGAAGAUAUCAAGAAACGACUAAAGGAGACUGAGAAGGAGAACUCAGUAUUAAAAAAAAGAGUAAGAGUCUUAGAAGAAAAGCUCCUUGGUUCCCGAUUGGAAGAAGAAACCCGCUCAGUUGGAUGUGAGCAAGUAAACAAGGCCUAUCAGGCCUAUCGAGAAGCCUGCAUUGACAGGGAGAAUUUGAAAAGCAAACUGGAUAAAAUGGUAAAAGAGAACGCAGAAUCCUUGAAAACCUUGAACGAGCAAUUGCAGUCCAAAGAAGUAGAGCUUCUACAGCUAAGAACUGAAGUGGAAACUCAGCAGGUGAUGAGAAAUCUAAACUGUACCCCAUCUAGCUGGGAAAUAGAGAAGCUGAAUAGUGACCUAAAAGUGCACGAUCUGGAACAGGAUCUAGAAAAACUGAAGAAAGAAUGCAACAGUCUCAGAAAGGAACUACAAAAAUCUGUGCAGAAGAACAAGGCUCAGGAAGGAAAUCAGUUUAAUGGAGACCUCAUUCAAAGGCAAAACUUUCAGAGUGAAAAUGUGCAGCAAGCAUACUGGGACCUGAAGAGGGAAAUGUCUAACUUGCAUCUGGUGACUGAAAUGCAGGCUCAGGUUCUUCGAAAAUUGAAAACAAACCCAACUGCAACCAAGAAAGCUGCCUCUUGUACACCAGUACAGUGUGUUGAAGACCUGGAGAAGGACCUCACAAAGUUAUGUUUGACUUCUUCUGGGGCAUUCUACAAAAAAACCUCUCCUUCACAAAAUGACAAAGUACUCUGCAAUGCCAUAGCUUCCCCUCUGCCAAGAGGUAUAAACAUGUUGUCUGAAAGGGAAAAUCUCCAAUCAUGGACAGAUGAGAACACCAUCCCAGCUGGCGUUACAGCGUUUCAGGAACACAAUUCGUAUGGAAAGAGCUCUCUGGAAGAUAAUUCCUGGGUAUUCCCAAGCCCGCCAAAACCUAGUGAGACUGUGUUUUGGGAAACAAAAAACAAAGCAUCUUUGUCAAACUAUCCAGUAGAUUACCUGGAUCGGUGUAACCAAAACUGCCUGCACAAGAGCUAAGUGGCUUGUAGAAGGAAUUGAGGCUGGUUCUGAAUAGGCACCUGACUGCUGGAACUUUUGAAAGAGCAAAGCAGUUAGGUAAAAGGUGGAAGUAUGUUGUAUGUUUUUGUUUUUUGUUUUGUCUUAUUCCAAGACAAGUUCUGGUCUCUCACUGCUGUAAAUCAUUAUUGAAGGCAGUGCAGGUGUCAGCAAAUCAGAAUUGGACUCAUUAUGCAGACUUAAGAAUUUAAUUCUUGGAAUAAAAUUAAGUAAUUCAGCUCUGUACUUCAGUGUGCUGUAUGUACAUAAUACUGCUUGUAAAAGCAUUUGGUUUCCUCUGCUAGAAACGUCUUCUAAAAGCUGUGAGCUUACUUUGGUGAUCUUUCUGAUUGGAUUGCUCAAGCAAAGAUUAAAAUUGGAAUUCUCUCCCCUCUGGUCUAGGAACAGGCACUGCCAGGAAGAAAAUGUGAGGUAUCUUUCUCAAAGUAAUGUUUUUUUUAUUUGUACCAUAUAAAAAACAAAAAUUCCUAGGAUUUCCUGUUUUAGAUGGUCGUAUCAUAAGUAUGUAAAUACCAUAAUUAGAUGCUGCUGAAAGUUGCAAUUCAUGGAUCUCUAUUUUUUGUUUUCUCAGUUCAGACCAAGAAUGAAAUGUAUUCUAUGCACAAUAGUGCCUGCUGCAAAAUCACCGUAACAAAAUGACAGUGAUUGUUAUGUGCCUCCUUUGCACAUCACUGAAAUCUUCUCUUUUUAACUGCUUGGUUUCUAAAGCUACUACUAACCCUUUUUUUAAAACACUGAGAAGCCUUAAUUUGAGCAAUUUUAACUAUUGCUUAAAAUAACAAUUAUUAAGCCACACAACUUAGUUUUUAAUCUUUAAAGAAAAUGAAAAUCUUUCAAAUUAUAGCUACCUGCUUUAUAUAGACUGUUAUGUGUCCAAGUAAGGAUGUAUUUGGGUGACUGAUAUGAAAACUUCUUUUCCUUUAAAUCAGGAACUUCAAAGCAGAUGCAAGUUACAGCAUUUUUCUAAAGCUGCCUGGUUUCGUAGAGCUGGCUGAGAGUGAAGUGGCUAGCAUGUAUAAUAAUCAGAAUAAACAUGCUAUGUCAGGUUAUUUCAGAUUUCAAAGGAAUUUGGCAUGAUAAAAUGAUUAACGCCAUUGUUUUAUGAUUGUUCCCUGCCUAAAACUGAGCAGAAGUAUUGAAAUUCACGGUCCCAGCUUGAGGUCAGUGUAAGAAACUGUGAUUUAUUUUUUUUUAACAGGUUAAUACCAAAACAUUAAAAAUUAGCUGUCAAUGCACAGGGAAAAGCUAUGACUCCUUAAAGAUCCAUUGUUAGUGCCCAAGUAUAUGAUAUAACUUGAGUAAUACUUGACCAGUAUGGCUCUAAACUCUCCCCCUGUGGAUUAAAUGUUCCAUAUGAUGCCCAUCUCCUUCUUCCCUAUUGUCAAUCAAAACUGAAAGAAUGUCUUUCAGAUACCUUCUACUGUAUUAGUGAACAGCAUACAUAAAUAAUGUCUACCAUUCACCAGAUACUGUUUUUAUCUUUCUAUUAUCUUGCUCACAUAUACUGGCUUGUCCGUGAUUAAUGGAAAUGGUGUCAGAUGCUGGAAUUUAUUCUGACCAAUGAACAUAGCUGACUCAAGGGAGUACAAUCUCUUGCAAAGUAAUAGAACAAAACCCAAUAUGCAUAAAACAAAUCCAAGUCACUAGGCUUUAGCUGAUAGAACCAACUACCUGUGUAAUAACAGAGCAGCAGAAACCAUUUCUCAUGUGGCUGCAUAGAUUCUAUUGUAUCUAGUUCUAAUGUAGCUUACUGGGUUUUUCUUUCGUUAUACUUUUUUUUUGGCAUUUUGGGUAAGUAAUGCAGACACCAACUUGAUUUAACAUAACUUGACAUAAGAAUGAAGGAAACCUGUUGUGUAACAUUUGUAAUAAAUUAAUUUUUGCUUGAAACAGGCUUCACUUCAAAAUCUCUAUUAGACUCUGGCAGUCCAGCUGGUUCCUUUGUUGCUAUUUGAUUUUUUUUUUAUUUUUUUUUUAAUUCGUAUAGCAGAAAGGUCAUUAAAAUGUAGAGGAUUAAAAGUAGUUUCUUGGCUUUUAUAAAAUGUGUAUAUAUUUUCGACAUGUUGUUCUGCACUGAGAGUGGGUACUCAUCCUGGCUGCCCAGAAGUAGAGGACCUGGGUGGCUUCUUGUUUACAGCACAUGCAUGCAUACUCUCCCUCUGUGGUUUUUUGUUUUUGUGUUUUUUUUUUUUUUGUUUAUUUCAUUUUAAAACCACUUCCCAGUCUUGCUUUGCUUUUUAUUUUGUAUGUAUAUCCAGGCUGCACUUCAACACAAAGAGCCCGCGUUCUUCAUGCUUAGAAUUUCCUGUGCCUUGUCUUUUGCUGUAAGUAUGUGCUAUCUUCUGCUGCUGAUUUCCUGAGCCAAGAGAGAGAAUAGUGAGGGGGAAAUGGCACUUGCUGAGAGGGACUUCUGGAGAAAAAACUGCUGACAGUGGCCAUGCCAUAACCCUAGUAAAGGGUGUCCCUAGGUUUAGAGUCAUUUGGGAGCUAACUCAUUUCUGAAGUGUCAAUGCUUUCGUUGGACUGAAGUCUCCAAUCAUAGUUUCAUCAAAUCUUGACUUAAGAGAAAAGCCAUUUAACUCUUGUUUUUUUGUGGCUUACAAUGCUUUUCCAUUUUCAAAAAUCAAAGCUGCUCAUAGCAAUACCCACAAAGUAUACACUGAUGUUUUAGAAAGACUAUAGCCAUAGUCUACGGAGGAAAGGGGGAUGGAAACAAGUCACUCAGUUUGAUCAGUGAGUCAUAGCCAGAAAUCCCCAAAAGAAAACAGCAAGCAGAAAAGAUUCUGUUGCAAAUAGGUAAGUUCCAUGAAAACUUAAUUUAAUUUGUUUGGAAAACUUCAUCUGCUGCAGGCAUCUCAUCAGUCCUUGUACCCUGCCAAGUAUUAAUCCUCCUCUGUGCAGGUAUUAGGAAUAUUGAUGUUCUUGGAAAAUCUGCCAGUAUUCUGAUAUAAGCAUGGCUUGCUGCUUUGUGUAUAAGGCAAGUUGACACUGUAUUGAAUAUUUUGGAGGUUGGUUAUUUCCAGUGCCUUUGUUAAUAACUCUUGCACUGUAUAAACUUUGCUGCAUCAAAUUUAAAUUCUAAAAGUUAAAA